AUGGGGGCGGCGGGAGCCCUCGGUGAGGAUGAGGUGUCACAGCUGCAGCGACUUGGGGUGUUUCAUAUCUGGGGGGGGCGGCGAGGGAGUUACCUAUCCACCAUCCUGCAGGAGAGCAAGUCCCUCCUGAAGAGCCAGACCGUGUCAGACCAAGCGGUGGCAGAAGCCCUGUGUGCCAUCAUGCUUCUGGAGGACAGCUCUCCACGCCAGGCCCUUGCUGACUUCCUCCUGGCCAGGAAAUUGGCCAUUCAGCAGCUUCUCAACCAGCCACACCACGGUGCAGGUAUAAAAGCUCAGGUGUGUUCACUGGUGGAGCUGCUAACCACCACCCUGUACCAGGCUCAUGCUGUCUUCUACACCCUGCCUGAAGGGACACCACCAGAUCCUGCCCUGCCCUGUGGCUUGCUCUUCUCCACCCUGGAGAGCACCACAGGCCAGCACCCAGCAGGGAGAGGUGGGGUUCUGGAAGAGGAGAUGAAGCUGAGCAGCUGGUUUAAGUACCUCCCGGAGUCUGUGGUGGAGUUCCAGCCAGCCCUGCGCACCCUGGCACACCCCAUCAGCCAGGACUACCUCAGGGACACCCUGCAGAAGUGGAUCUCCAUGUGCAGUGAGGACAUCAGGGCUGGGGUCAGCAACCUGCUGGUCUAUGUGACCAGCAUGAAGGGCCUUGCAGGGAUCCGUGACGCCGUGUGGGAGCUGCUGACCAGCCAGACCCUCAGCCAGCACUGGGGGGCCGUGUGCCGGCGCCUGCUGGACCAGCCUGCUUCCUUCUGGGAGGACCUGCUGCAGCAGCUCUUCCUGGACAGGCUAGAGACACUGACCAAAGAAGGGUUUGACUCCAUCUCAAGCAGCACCAAACAGCUUCUCACUUCAGCCUUGCAGGAGCUGGAAGCCAAGCCCAGCAGCUGUGCCCUCAGCAAGCCCAUGCAGUUUGAACACAACGUGUCCCUGUUCCUGUGGUCAGAGAGCCCCACCGACCUGCCCCCCGACGCCGCCUGGCGCGGCACCUCCAGCCGCGGCCCCUCCGCCACCAGCGGCCUCUCCAUGAAGGCCCAGGCCCUCACACCGUGUGUGCAGAGCUUCUGCUCGGCUCUGGACUCCAAGCUGAAGGACAGGUUGGACGACCUGCUGUCCUACCUGCCCACGGACCCCAAGGAGGCCGUGCCCACCCGCUCCGCCUUCGACCGCUUUGCAGACGCGGGCACCGUGGAGGGGCUGCUCCGGGAGCGCUGCCUCGCCUGCAUCCACCACCUGCUGGGCUGCCUCCGGGAGGAGCUCCUGAGGGCCCAGGACCUGCUGCGUGGGCAGGGGGAUGCUCCCAGGGAUGCCAAGCUCAAUGCUGUCCUCUUCAUGGCCAGGCUCUGCCAGUCCCUCAGCGAGCUGUGCCCUCACCUGAAGCUCUGCAUCCUGGGCCAGUCGGGCAGCACCGAGACAGGGCUGAAGGAGACACGUUCCACCAAGAAGCUGGGGAAAGGGAAAAGCCAGGAAGUGACCCCCGUGCAGGCCAAGUGGCAGGGGGUGAAGGCAGAGCUCCUGCAGCAGAGCCUGUUUGCUUACCAGAUCUGGAGCUCGGCUGUCACCAAAGGUCUGGUUCAGUCCUUCAGCCACACGUUGCUGCUCGACACGGCUGGCUCUGUCUUGUCCACAGCCACCAACUGGGAUGAAAUUGAAAUUCAGGAGGAGACCGAGGCUGGGAGCAGCGUGACAUCAAAGAUCCGGCUGCCAGUGCAGCCAUCCUGGUACGUCCAGUGCCUCCUCUUCAGCCUGUGCCAAGAGGUGAACAGGGUGGGUGGUCACACUCUUCCCAAAGUCACCUUGCAGGAAUUGCUGAGGACCUGCAUGGCAGAAGUGCUCGCUGCCUAUGAGAAGCUCAUGGAAGAGAAGCAGGAGAAGAAACCUGGUGCUUUCCCCAUGACCCAGAGCAGAGCUCUGCAGUCACUCUAUGACCUGAGGUACCUGAGCAUCAUCCUGGCAGCCAAGAGCGAGGAAGGAAAAACCAGCAGGAUCAAGCAUGACGCUGGGAUGGAGAAGGUGACAGACUUCCUGGAGGGACACAUCGACCCCUUUGACUUGGAUGUUUUCACUCCACACUUGAACAGCAACCUUAAUCGCCUGGUCCAGAGAACCUCUGUUCUCUUUGGCCUGCUGACCGGGACAGAGCACCAGUACACGAGCAGGAGCGGCACCCUGAGCUCCCAGGAGCUCCACAAUAUCUUGCCCUUGGCAUCCAGCCAGAUCAGGUUUGGGCUCCUGCCGCUGAGCAUGUCGAGCUCACGGAAGAGCAAGGCUGCCACCAGAAGCACGGAGAGAGCUCAGGUUCCACCUCCUGCACUGGCAAGAGCAGAGGAGGAGGCCGCGCGCCCUGGCUCCUUGUUCAGGCAGCUGGUAACGGAGGAGGAAGACACAGCUGCCCCUUCUCUCUUCAAGCUGGGCUGGCUUUCUGGUAUGACCAAGUGAUGCAAUAAAA